AUGGGAGGAUACUUGACUCACGAUCCCGCUGUCGAGAAGUGGGUGCGCAUGCGCGAAUCGACUGCCAAGCACUUUUCCUGGAACGCCCGCAACGUCCGCUCCGUUGGUAUUCUUGGACUUGUCAUCCCCGGUGCCCUCUUGUACCUCGCCCUCGAAACCGAUGGUCAGUUCAAGUGGGCUGCCAAGGGUCCCUCUCCCAAGGCUGCUCCCGUUGAGGAGGAGGAUGCUUAA